AACAACUUCUUUAGACACAUACCCACUUCCAAUCUUUUCUCUUUCCUUCUUUGAUAGAAGUGUACAUAUAAACACACCAACCCCUCACUUUCCCUUAUAUACACAAAAGAUACAAUUCAUAUAAAAAAACAAAAUGCGCUUCUUCCGUGCUCAACUCUUUUUGCUCGUCAUCACCCUUGUACAUGUUGUAACAGCCACCGGUGAAACAUGGAGUUUCAAGAACUGGAACAAGUUCAAAGACGCGAAAACCGACGGUGACAAUGAAAGCUGGUUCAAGGCCUGGGGCAUCGCGAAAUCCGACGGCUGGUCCUGGCCGCACAAGGGCGACUCGGUUUCGAAUCACAAAAUCGUCAAGGAUCCAGCAAAAACGGGCGAAGAAGUACUCCAAGUGGCCUAUCCCAAAGGAAGCAGUAACCCCGGUGGUAGUACUCAAGGCGGUAUUGGAUUCUAUGCUCAGCCGCUCCAUCUGCGAAAUGAAGCCAAAACUGUUGUUCUCGAAUACUCGGUUUAUUUCCCAAAGAAGUUCCAAUUUGUCAAAGGUGGCAAACUGCCUGGUCUCUAUGGUGGCCACGAAGGAUGCUCUGGGGGCGCUGAUGCUGAUACCUGUUUCUCUACUCGAUUCAUGUGGCGUCGUGAAGGCGAUGGUGAAGUGUAUGCCUAUCUCCCCGAAAGCAAGCAACGCGAUGGUCUCUGCGACGAAGAGGGUAAUAUCUGCAACAAGGACUACGGUUACAGUCUCGGUCGUGGAUCUUGGUCAUUCAAGACUGGCAAGUGGAUUAAAGUCCGUCAAACACUUAAGCUCAACAGCCCUGGCAAGGACGAUGGCAUGGUCAGCGUCGACGUCGAUGGCAAAAAUGUUUAUACCGAAAAGAAACUGGCUUUUCUAAACAAGGAUACCGGCAAAGUCGUCGGUGUUGCUUUCCAUACAUUCUUUGGCGGCAAUGGCAGCGCCUGGGCACCAAAGAAGAAGGAGUACAGCUAUUUCAAGGGCUUUUCUUUGAAGGCUCAGUACUAGAGACCAGAAAAAAAACCGACAAUAUAUCAUUGUCCUGUUGUAUUUUGUAGAAAACACUCAGAUGCAUCAUGCAUGUACAAGGGCUGGCUCCUAUUAUACAUAAACUCUUCUUUUUUCCGUGAAAUUGAUCCACAAAUAUACAAAUUUUUGACAUCAUCUGUAUGUACACAUGAUACCUUGUGCAUCUACAGCCUAAAGAAUGAAAUUCAAAUAAGAAAAGUG